CCUUCGUAUUUAUUCUAAGUUGUUGGAAGAGGGGACGUUGAGACAGCUGACAUAAGAAUUAAUUUUAACAAAGGACUUUGUAAAUAUUACAAACUUCUUUGCGGAAAAAAAUGUCUUACGCGUAUUUAUUUAAGUACAUCAUUAUUGGCGAUACGGGUGUUGGCAAAUCAUGCCUGCUUCUUCAGUUUACGGAUAAAAGAUUUCAACCCGUUCACGAUCUCACCAUUGGUGUGGAAUUUGGAGCGCGAAUGGUAACGAUCGACAGUAAGCAAAUAAAACUGCAAAUCUGGGAUACCGCAGGGCAAGAGGCUUUCCGUUCAAUUACGCGAUCUUACUACAGAGGUGCUGCUGGGGCCCUUCUCGUUUAUGACAUUACCAGAAGAGAGACUUUUAAUCAUUUAACUACUUGGUUGGAUGACGCCAGACAACAUUCAAAUUCCAAUAUGGUUAUUAUGCUUAUUGGCAACAAAAGUGAUUUGGAAUCAAGAAGGGAGGUGAAAAAGGAAGAAGGUGAAGCUUUCGCCCGAGAACAUGGUUUAGUAUUCAUGGAAACGUCUGCCAAAACUGCGGCAAAUGUGGAGGAAGCCUUUAUCAACACCGCGAAAGAGAUAUAUGAGAAAAUACAGGAGGGAGUGUUUGAUAUAAACAACGAGGCAAAUGGAAUCAAGAUUGGUCCGCAACAUUCUCCUACGAAUCCAUCACUUCCGGGAACUGGAGGGGCUGGUGGAUCUCAAGGAUCUGGUUGCUGUUAAAUAACGUUCAUUAAUGUCACGGUUUUAUAAUCAUUUUACAUAAAAGGCCCGUAAUUGGUGUACCUACAAUUUAUUACAUAAAUUGGUGGGCCUGUAACGGACGAUGGUUCAUUUUAAUACCAUCUACCAGAUGUGCAAAUAAAUUGUCGUCUAGGUAUUGGUGCAGUAGUUUAUGUAAUAAUAGAAAAAGUUACUGUGAUUAUUUUAAAGGAGUUACAUUAUUUUUUAUUUUCUUAGUCAUUGUUGUUUUAAGUUUGACCUUAAAAAUACCUUUUAUUUGAUAAAGCAGUGUUUAGUGUUAUUAAAUUCUUAUGUUUACUGUAUAUUUAUUUUUAUUAGUCCAUUGUGUAUAUUACGUUUUCAGGAACCAAAUCUCGUAUUUAUCAAAAUGCAUACAUAAAGGUAUUUUUGUUUAUGUAA